UAAAAUGGAACCGAGUACGAUGGCCACAUUUAAUGAGCAUACAGCCGCCAUUGGUUUAAAAGUUUUGAAGCAAUUCGGUUUUUAUCAAAUGUUUGAAUCAAACACCAAAAAAAUAUUUGGUUGGAAUGUCUACCAGUUUUCUUAUAUAAUAUUACUCAUGAUAAACCAGUGUUUAAUUGUUUUCGGGAAUAGUGGAUUUUUGUUUGAAUUGGAUGACACUAUUAACAACAUUAAUUUACUUCUGAUCAUAUUCUCUAACUCAUUUAAUUAUCUUACUGUUUAUAAAGUGAUCAUACUUAUACUUAACAAAUCAAAAAUCCAACAGGUUUUGGACGUUACAGAUUUAAAAUUUUUGAAGAGCAAACAGUGUCGUGAUAACAUUAAAAUAUUCUACAAGCACCGUAACAAAAUUUUAAAACUGUCAAAAUUGUAUUUCAAUUUCACCGUUUUGGUGAUCAUACAAUGGGUUUUUUAUCCAAUAAUAAUAAACACAUUCAUAUUGAAUAAAACUGACAAUCGGCGUUUAGAGAACAUAAUAAACAGACGAUAUCCUGUAGCAGUCAACACUUACAAUCAGUAUUAUGCAUUCUAUUAUAUAAGCGAAACGAUAUUGGCAGUAAUAUCAUUAUACUUAGUAUCCAUCAUCGAUAUACUUUUAUUACCUAUUGGUUGGGCGAUAAUCGUUCAAUACAAAAUAUUGGCAAUAUCGUUUAAGAACAUCGGACAUAAUGUAAAUCUUCAAAAUGGUGAGACUACAUUUUUGAGUUUUGACCAUUUUUUAAAAAAGUAUAUGUUGUGAUUAA